CCCUGAGAGAAGCUAGGCAACUGUUCGGCCUCCCGAGCGGGUUGCGGGUGUCUGGACGGUAGCUGACGGCCCGCGGUCCGACCGAGCCCGGCAGAAGAGAGGAGGCGGCGGGGCGCCUCGGGGGAGCCGGGCUGGGCCGCGGAACCCGUCCGUCUAUGCUGAGGGGCCGCGGGGCCGGAGCGGAGCGACGCCGUGGGGGCCGAGCCGCGCCGGGCCUGGGAGGCUGCGGUCGUCGCGGGCCUCGGGCCCGGGCCUCACCAUGCCCGGCGUGAAACUGACCACUCAGGCCUACUGCAAGAUGGUGCUGCACGGGGCCAAGUACCCCCACUGCGCCGUCAACGGGCUCCUGGUGGCUGAGAAGCAGAAGCCCCGCAAGGAGCAGUCGGCGCACGGCGGCCCGAACCAGCACCAGACCCUCUUCGUGGACUGCAUUCCCCUCUUCCACGGCACCCUGGCGCUGGCCCCCAUGCUGGAGGUUGCCCUCACCUUGAUUGAUUCAUGGUGCAAAGAUAAUAGCUAUGUGAUUGCUGGUUAUUAUCAAGCUAAUGAACGUGUAAAGGAUGCCAGUCCGAACCAGGUUGCUGAGAAGGUAGCUUCCAGAAUUGCAGAGGGCUUCAAUGACACCGCACUCAUCAUGGUAGACAACACAAAGUUUACAAUGGAGUGCAUAGAACCCACGAUUCAUGUGUAUGAGCAUCAUGAAAACAAAUGGCGGUGCAGAGAUCCACACUAUGAUUAUUGUGAAGACUGGCCAGAAGCCCAGAGGAUCUCGGCAUCUCUCUUGGACAGCAGGUCCUAUGAAACUCUUGUGGAUUUUGAUAACCACCUGGAUGACAUCCGAAAUGAUUGGACAAAUCCAGAGAUCAAUAAAGCUGUUCUACACCUAUGUUAGGGAGGGAUUCCACAGACUGAUUUAUGGGCAUUUCCACUACACUGAAGAGGAAAAAAGAAAUAUUUUUAAAUGUAAAUAGAAUACUAUCUCAUACCUUGUGUGGAAAGGCAACAAUUUUGAGAAAUGGCAUGUGGCUCAAAAGAGGCAGUGUGUCUAAGUGGCCAUCUUUUUAAAGCAAAGAUCUCUAGAAGAGAUACAAGCUGUUGAGUCUAGCUGUCCCUGUGGAUUUUUUCCCAGUUGUAUGUUGCUCUAACCUUCAAAAUCAAAGCUAUUUCUGCUUGUCCCAGAUUGUUCCUAUUAAACGAUUUUAACUAACCUUUUAUAAUCUUGAGAGAAUACUUUUUAAGACUUAUGAACUAUCUUUCCAAAAACAACAAAUCUUAUCCCUUAAUGAGUGUUUUGGGGAGUUUUAUUUCUGAAUCCAUACUGUAAAUACAGUCUUAGGACCAGGUCUGAAAAUCUACUACAGAUACCUUGGUACCAAACCAACAACCCCGAACAACUGUUUGUGCAAGUAGGCAUCUCUCUUAGAGCAGCUGAGCCUGUUUGGAGUUAUCGGACUCUACUACUUAAAGCAAUAUUGUGCUCAAAAAGCCACAGUGGGAAGAAAACUGCUGUUGACUAAGCCACAUUUAUAGUUGAGGGCAGAACCAAGGGCUGUGUUGCAAGAGCUCAGCUCAGUGCACACACAGCGUCAUGGUCCCAAUCAACCAGAAAGCCCUCAAGAGGGAGGGGAAACAGGAUUGUGCUAGGAUUCGAUGCAGAUGCAGUCUCUGCUUUUUGGAAAAUGGGAAUCAUUCCUAGUUCUUGACUCACUUGCAUGAUCAUUCAAAUAGUUCUAAAAGAUGUCUUCAGAAUUGCCAUUGCUUUUAUAUUUAGAGCAACUCUUCCGUUCAUAAAGCUGAACAAGAGAAUGAAUGUAUCUUUUUUAUCAGUUCCUUUGGUGGUUUCUAACAAAAUCUUACAAAGGGAUGGGAAACUUUAUAGCACCGUUGCAUUUGUUGUUCCUUUUUCUAUUAAUUAUUUUGUACAGUGUUCAGUGUGCUGUACUUUUCCUACUGUCUGUCUCUUUCCUCUUGCUACAUUGAGAAAACUCAUAACAAUUGACUGAACCUAAUGAUCUUGAAAAGGGUUCACUUUAUAGCAUUCAGUAUUUUACUCUAACCAGUAAAAUCAUUUAUUUGGACCAUCAUAUUCAAGAAGCAUGCUUUAGUCCAUGACCUCAUGGGGGUUAUAGAUUUAGACCUGGAGAGGACCUUGGGAAUCUGCUAGUCCAAACCCUCAGUUUUACAAAUGAGGAAACUGAGGCCUAGGAAGGUUAAGCUACUUGCCAAAGGUCACAUGGGUAGUAAGUGGCAAACCCAGCUCCUUGGAGCCCAAAUUCAGUGGUCUUUCCAUGUACCAUGUUUCUGCAGACAACAAUUCCCCCUUUCUCUUCCCUUUCCUCAGCUUCCUUCUCACAGCUUUUUCAUUCCACAAACAAUCUUUCUAUAUAGUGCACUGUGGUCACAAAGCCCUCUGCAGGCAUUAUCUUCUUUGAGACUCACAACCACCUGUGAGGUUGGCUGAGCAGCUGGCGUGACCCUCAGUUUGUAAAUGAAGAAACAGGCUCUCGAAGAGGUGGAGUGAUUUACUUACCCACACUCACACAAAGUUAUUAAGUGUAGCAAAGUUGGGACUCAAACCUGAUCUCUUGACUCCUUGUCCAGUGUUCUUUCCAUUACACCAUGCUACCUCUCUAAAGCCAUGAAAUAAACAUAUUUCAUGUGGAGAACAAAUAUAAAAUUUCUGGACACAAAUAAAGGAAAAUUAUAUCAGUGAACUUAAUCUGUGGGAUAUAUUAGAAAGCUCUGUUCCUAGUGGAAUUGUUUGUUUCAAGAAGGAAAAAAAAAUCACCAUGUAAAUUUUGGGUUUGGCGGGAUUAGAAUAGCAGUGUGUGCUACAGGUCAAGGCUAAGAUGAAUUGACAGACCUGUUUACAUAAGACUUGCUUUGAAGGCAUAUACAUAAAAGCUAAUGUGAUAAGUAUUUUAAUCUUAUGUGUUAAAAAAAUAGAAAAGAGAAAUUACGAAUACACAAAGAAGCAAAAACAAUAAAAGGCUUGACUUCCAUCUUUACAAUUGCCAUGCGAAAGUAGCACAGAAAAAGUAAAUUGAAGAGUUGGAAAGUUUAUAGUAAUACCACUACUACUCCCGAAUGGUAUAGGAAAAAGAAACACAACUUAUUGGUACAUGAAAAAUUGCCCUGUAGCAGUUAGGAGUGUUCAAGAAUGGAAUAAGCAUCUGCAAGGUAUUGUCACCAUAGGUGUUCAAUCAGAGAGCAAUUGAGCAUGUUAAAGAUAGUGUAGAGAGGAUCCUGGAAGGGAGGAAUGGCAGUAGAUGAAGAGAUAGGUAUGGUCUAAGGAAAAGAGCUCCAGGUUGGGACUCUAGAGCCCCAAGACUACUCUUGACUAACCUUAUGAUCCAGGGCAAGACCCUUCUGAUAUCCUGGCCUCAUGGCAAGUCUCAGACUAGAUGGCAUGAGGUCUCUUCCAUCUCUACCACUCUGAUUUUAUGAGGCCUCUGAGAUCCCUUCCAACCAGAUCCUGUGAUUUUCCUAACAAAUAAUUGUUUCUGUUCAGAAUAGAGCUCUACACAUCUACAGUUAGGAAGUCUGCUGGUUUUAUUCUCUGUAAAAUUGUUUCUACUUAUUCUGUCUUCUUUCUUUUAAGGCUGCCUCAGCUAUUUCCUUUUGCAUAAUUAACUUUGAUUUGACUUAUAGCUUAUUUUUCAAAUAGAUUAAUAGUAUUGUGAAAAACUGUCUCCAAAUGCAAUUUCUAAAUUUAUUACCUAGACUUUUUUGCAUUGUUCUUUAAAAAGCAACUUAAUUUGCUUUUUAAAAUUACAAUCCCUCUUAUUUAAGCUCCUGAAGUCAUAAUCUCUUAUGGCAUCAGAUCUGUUACUAUGGUGGCUUUUUGUGACAUGGGACAAAGAAAAUGAGAAAAAUGGCAAAAUCCCAUGAAUCCAUGGGUAAAUGAACAGAUCCUCAGACAUUACUCUGAAAAGGACAUGGGAAAGGGAGUUGACUUUAAAACUAGAUUUUCAGUUUACUAAUUGACAUUUCUUGAGGCUCUCUAUCAGAUCUUACUCCCUUUUAAUCACUGCAAAACAUUCCAGUAAAAAUAAAACUGGCAGAAAAUGCUGCAUAUGUUAACUCUUGCCAAAUCCUCUGUGUGUGUGUGUGUGUGUGUGUGUGUGUGUGUGUCUUGUGAUUUGUUACUUUAACUUAACCUCAUUUCUGUACCCUUUCAGAAGCCAAAGGAUGCCUUUUUUAAUCCUCAAGAUUUUGACUUGUUCCUCCUUCAAACUUUGAUUAUUACUUUGAAAUAUAUGUGAAAUGUAAUCAAGCAUUAUUUCUUGGAAAUAGAGGUUGAGUGUUAUGAAAUUCUUGUUCCUUAGAACUGUGUGGUAAAAAGAAAGCUCCUGGAGGGGUGCCUUUUCAUUAUGCACACAGUGAAAUCCUGCUACAGGUAACAUCAGACUUACCAGUGAAAUGAAAUGUAGAACUACCAAGUCCUAUUGCCAUAUGUGCGUCAGUAUUUGGCAUUGUCUUUAGCUACAUUCCUUCAAAAAUAAAAGGGAACUGUUUUACGCUGAGCCAUGAAUGAUCAUUGGGAAAUGCUUGCAUUGCCCUGCAAGAAGCUUUGGACUUGGACUUUUGUUAACAUCUUGUAAAUCAAAAAUGUGCUCCUCUGUACAGUAAAAUACACUACCAUUUAACAACAUGAAGCUGUGUGACAAUAAAUAACUUUGUUCCCUUGAUGAA